GGAUCUCAGCAUCAACAGUCAUCAGUUGGCAGCAAGAUCUCUAAGAUCAAAAGCAGCGAAUCAAAAAAACGAGAUGAGCAAAAUUGUCUGCUUGGUCGCGGUAGCCAUUUGUGUGCUUGGGGCUUUCGCAGAGGCAAUGCCUCAGCGUCCUUUGACCCAACCUCUCAUCUACUAUCCGCCACCACCAACGCCGCCAAGGAUCUACAGAGCACGUCGUCAGGUGUUAGGUGGUUCUCUGAUCUCCAGUCCGAACGGAGGGGCUGAUGCCCGACUGGAUCUCAGCAAGGCCGUAGGAGCUCCUGAGCAUCAUGUGAUUGGACAGGUUUUCGCAGCGGGAAACACCCAAAGCAAGCCCGUUUCUACUCCCGUAACCAUCGGCGCCACCCUAGCCUACAACAAUCACGGCCACGGCAUCGAUCUGUCCAAAAUUCAUACGCCUGGAGUGCGGGACAGCUUCCAGCUCGCCACCGCCAACUUGUUCAACAAUGGAGUCCACAAUCUGGAUGCCAAGGCCUUCGCCUCGCAGAACCAGCUGUCCAAUGGCUUCAAGUUCGAUAGGAAUGGCGCUGCCCUGGACUACUCCCACAUCAAUGGCCACGGAGCGACCGUGACGCACGCCAACACUCCCGGAUUCGGCAAGCAAUUGGAACUGGGAGGACGAGCCAAUCUCUGGCAGUCGCAGGAUCGCAACACGAGGAUCGAUCUCGGCAGCACGUCCUCCAAGUGGAAAAGUGGUCCCUUGAGUGGACAGAAGGACUUCGGCGCCAACUUGGGAAUCUCCCACUACUUUGGCUAGAAUAGGUCUACUGUUAAUUAUUCUAAAAUAACCCUUCCUUAAAACAAUUGUAGUGUUUUAAAGUCUUUCAAAUAAUAUGUUUCUUAAUCGAUCUUGUUACUUUUAAAGCAUACUGGUAUUCUGAUCAUUUAACAAUAAAGAAAGGAAGUUAACUUCGGCAAACCGAAGUUUGUAUACCCUUGCAGUUAUAAGAAAUAA